ACUGAAAAGCUUCAAACUGUCACUGUCUAUUUCAUAUUGACUAUGAAGUGGAAAAAUGUCUUUGCAACUUGGAAUCCUCAGGAUUUCUGUAACAUUUACGAAUUCGAUCUGCCAGUGGAUACCUUUUGGUCCCCAUAUAUCAUCAUUCUUGAACAAGUGGAUGAAAAGAAAUCACUCAACAGGCCCUUUCUGUCCAUCACUCACAAUGGCAUUGUUAGCACAACCCAACAGCACCAUGUCACCAUAGCAUGCAACUUGGAGAUGCACAAGUUUCCAUUUGACAUCCAGACGUGCAGGAUAACCCUCUUCACAAUAAAUUAUCGAGACAUUAUAUUCUGGUUCAGUCAGACAACAGAUGAGGUGACUAAAGCAAGCCAAUUUAUUCACCUGACCAGUGGAGAAUGGAAGUUCACAAACAUAAACAUUGCUAAACAUGAAGACCUUCUUGCGAUCAUAUAUGAGAUUUCCAUGAAGAGACGACCCAUUUUAUACGUUUUGAACCUUAUCUUCCCAACAUGUGCUCUCUACUUAUUGGAUAUGACUAUUUUGUUCAGCAGCAGCUCUUAUGAGGACAAGAUCAGUUUCCAGCUGUCACUCAUCCUUGGAGAGUCUGUGUUAGCUCUGAUUCUUAAUGACAUUAUUCCUACUUCUUCCGAUGACCCACCCAUAAUAGUGAUGUUUUUCGUAGGUAUCUUUGUCCUAAUGAUUAUGGGUAUAUUGGAAACCUGCCUAUUAAUGAAGCUGAAGAAGAAACCCCUACACCCUAUACUCAAGGCUAUCAAACUGCUGAGAUGCCGCAAGCAAGCUAGAACAACAUCUGGAAACCUCCUAAGCAAACAGGGAGAUUCUCUGACUGAGAUGGCCAGGGGACAAGAGGAGAGCAGCGAUUCAAGCCCACUUGGAAAGGGAAAUACAGGACUCCCCAUGCUUACGGAAAGAAUCAAUGCAGAAGGGCAGCAAAUUGGGACCCAGGCAGAGCUACAGGAGUGCAAGUCAGCUCUGCUUGUUCUGGAGAAGGUGCUUUUCUGCAGUCAUUUGCUUUUAUCACUACUGUUUUUCAUCAUCGUUAUUGUACAAUGGAGCAGUUAAAUGU